UAUAUUAAGUGGACAAUCACAAGUGCAAAUGUGAUCAACCAAACUUAGCAAUUCGAUUUUGAACAAACACACCAAACUUGAAAUCAUAUUAAAAUUUAUCGAAUUCUCAACCUACUUCAAUCAAUUGUUUAUUCCUAUGGCUUUUAGAUCAGCGUCUUAUCUAAAAUCCGCAGUAAAUCACUUUAAAGGAAGUUCAUCACUAAAUUAUGCAACAGCAGCCACUUCAAAGCUCAAGCCAUUUUCACCUCUCCAACUCAAAGAGGCUGUGCCCAAGUCAAGAAAGGGAGACUUUGUGCCUGUGUGCGUGGCGCUAGGGAUGAUCGGACUGUCGACGAGUUUCGGGGUGCACACGGCUAUGCAGCAGCUAAGGCGAUCCCCUAAUGUGCAUGUGAAGAAAUCAAGAAGGGAAACUCUGCCAGAGAUAGUGGAGCCAGAACAUGUUGCACAAGAGACUGAUAAGUUCAUAAACAAAUCUUUAUUCAGAAAGGUGGCUCACAUUCAGGAUGUUGUUAGUAGACGUGCUAAUCCUCGAGUCGACAUUUAUACCAAGAAGCCGGGCGUGGAGACGUUAAAAACUAUAGGAGUGGAUCCAUAAGCUGUAAAUCAUAGGCCUUCUUGUACUGUGGAGUUUGGUUGUAAUUAGAGUGUAAUAUUUAAUUCUGUAAUAGGAUCCAAAGAUGGUGAAUAACUAUGGAGUAUGACCCAUUUAUAUAUAUAUAUAUAUAUAUAUAUAUAUAGUUUCUAGUAGGUAAGAUAUGUGUAGAUGUUUUAAGUUUACAUGGUGGUGAUAUCUUGCUAUUGUGCAUGUUCAUGAGUACUACAAAUAUAUGUAGUGCAGAUUUGUGAAUACUAUAGCAAUUCUGAUGCAAUUCGGCUACUUUCCAAUGCCAUGUCA